AAGCAUUUACGCCUGUUAAGAUAUUCCAAAUCAUUGCAAAUCGUGUUCAGUGAAAUAUUGUUGGUUCAAAAUAUAGCAGUUACCCUAGAGAUGUGUUUUAAUGCUAUGGUCUUGGCAGUGGGCGAAGGAAUAGCUCUAGCCGCGUACGAGGCAUCCUGGUAUACAUGGCCGGUGGACCUGCAGAAGGAUCUACUUCUAGUAAUCAGAGCGGCGCAAAGACCAUUCACAAUCAAAGCGGGGGGACUGGUUCCGAUAUCCAUACAAACUUUUGGACAAAUGCUGAACAAAGGAUACUCCAUUUUUGCUGUACUUAACGACGCAGUAGACCAGAUUUAGAAUAAAAAUACUUAAUUAUUGAUUUACUUAUAAGCACAAAUUGUAGUGCGAUUAUUUCAACAUUGUGCAAUACUAAUACGUAUAAUAAUAAUACAAUAUACAAAUUAUUUAAUGCACAAAAUGAACAUAUUUACAAACAACACAAGAUUAGAAAUCUAUCAAACAAGCAA